CCACUCUCAGCAACACACGGGGCUUUCUUAUUUCAUGCCUCCACUUCGGUACUGUCUCCAAGGCUUCUUCUAAAAUCUGGCCUCUUCUCCAAGUGUUCCCAGCCAUGACUUCCGUCACAGCCAUAGUGUCACUGAGGUCGGCGCCGCUAGCGACUGGCGCCAAGAGUCCAGCGAUAUCUCACUCUCGACUGAAAGCUCCAUGCCUCACUCCAUGUCUAAUCAAGCUGAGAGGACAUACCAGUAGCCUGGCUUCUCUCCAAAAGCGACGUCUUGUUGUCAGAAGCAAUGCUCUUCCAAAUGGUUUCGAUCAUUCGGGUCAGCAGCCCGCUAAAGAACGAGAAUCUACAGUAUGUGCAGCGGCGGAAGCAGGAUCUGAUCUCGUCCCGCAUUCUGGAGGAAUACUGGAAGCAAUCCAGAGCAUUCCAGAAAGAUAUCCAGCGUUCACAACAGCUACACUUUUCUUCUUCUGGUACUUCCUCAACGUAAUAUUCAACAUUCUGAACAAGAAAAUUUACAACUACUUCCCUUAUCCGUACUUUGUGUCUGCUGUUCAUCUAACGGUUGGAGUCACUUACUGCUUAAUCUCUUGGGCUUUGAGACUUCCCAAGCGUGCUCCCAUUGAUAAGGGCAUGCUUGCGCUCCUCGCGCCAGUCGCAUUCUGCCACGCACUCGGCCAUGUUAUGACCAACGUGUCAUUCGCAUCAGUGGCUGUGUCCUUCACGCACACGGUUAAGUCCCUGGAGCCAUUCUUCAACGCGGCUGCAUCUCAGUUUGUCCUCGGCCAGCACGUGUCACUUCCUCUGUGGCUCUCUCUCCUCCCUGUCGUCCUCGGUGUGUCCAUUGCAUCCGUAACUGAGCUAUCCUUUAACUGGACUGGCUUCCUCACUGCAAUGAUUUCAAACAUCUCGUUCACUUACAGGAAUGUUUUCUCUAAAAAGGCAAUGGUUGGAAUGGACAGCACAAAUCUCUACGCCUACAUAUCCAUCCUCUCCCUUCUCUACUGCAUUCCACCUGCCAUUCUGAUGGAAGGGCCCAGGCUUCUAGGAGGAGGGUUUACGGAUGCGAUUGCGAAAGUUGGCAUGACCAAGUUUUUGAGUGACCUCUUCUGGGUUGGAGUGUUCUAUCACUUGUACAAUCAGCUUGCAACAAACACCCUUGAGCGAGUCUCACCACUCACCCAUGCUGUGGGGAACGUUCUCAAACGCGUCUUCGUGAUCGGGUUUUCAAUAAUUGUCUUCGGAAAUACAAUUUCACGACAGACGGGGGUUGGGACAGCAAUUGCUAUUGCAGGCGUGGCGGCAUAUUCGUUUCUCAAGGCACAGGAACAAGAGAAACGUGCACAUUCUUGAAGCUUGACUGCAGUAGUUUGAGGGCUAUUCAGCUCAUUCUUCUGUAUAUUGAUGCUCACUUUACCAUAGUCUCUGUACAUGCACACCCACCUUCAUUAGGCUGUAACUAGGAGCGGGCUGCUCCCAGCCUCCAAAUUUUGGUGUCAG